AUGUUGGAGGGCCUGGUCGCCAACCUGCUCAAUCGCUUUCUGGGCAUCUACGUCAAGAACUUCGAUGCGAAGCAGCUCAACAUUGGAAUCUGGUCGGGCGAUGUCAAACUACACAACCUCGAGCUGCGUCGGGAAGCGCUUGACCAGCUGCGCUUGCCCUUGAACGUUGUCGAGGGCCACCUAGGUCAACUCACAUUAUCGAUUCCCUGGUCCAAUUUGAGAGGCAAACCCGUGAAAGUCGAUAUUGAAGAUGUCUAUCUGCUGGCGGCGCCCAAGGAGGAUGCGGACUACGAUCCCACGGAGGAAGACAAACGCGCGCAUGCGCUGAAGAUGGACAAGAUCGAGAGCGCCGAGCUUCUUCGCGACCGCAAUGCGGAAGGCAUGAGCCAGGAGGAGCAGCGCCGGAAUCAGAGCUUCACUCAGAGCAUGAUCACUGCAGUGGUGGAUAACCUACAGAUUUCGAUCAAGAAUGUUCAUUUCCGCUAUGAGGACUCAAUCGCUUCACCUGGCCACCCGUUCGCUGUGGGAUUGACAUUGAAGGAGCUCAGCGCGGUCAGCACCGACUCUGAAUGGAAUCCGACCUUUAUCCAGUCUACCUCCGACACAACACACAAACUAGCCGUUCUGGGUGCUCUUUCCGUUUAUUGGAACACGGAUGCGACUCUUCUCGGUACUGGUCGAGGCUCUGAUAUCGGUGCCGAAGCCCAAGGAAUCACUCACGAUGACCUCAUGGCCAAGCUACGUGAUGCAAUUGAAAAUGGCGACGGCAAUCAGUACAUGCUUCGGCCCGUCAGUGGUCGUGCAGGCUUAGAAAUGGACAAGUCGGGCAAACAUGAUCGCCCGGCUAUGAAAGCUCGACUGCUGUUCGAUGAGCUCGGCUUUGUUUUGGACGAUAAACAGUACCGCGAUGCUCUGAUGCUGGUUGAUUUGUUCCACUAUUUCAUUCGUCAUCAAGAAUACAAGCGUUUCCAACCUAAAUGCUCCGUGAAAGAGGAUCCCCGCGCAUGGAUGAAAUUCGCCGGAGACGCCGUCCUCAGCAAGAUCCAUGACCGAAAUCGGCGAUGGACUUGGGAGUAUAUCAAAGAGCGCAGAGAUGAUCGAAUUGCGUACAUCAACUUGUUCAAGAAAAAGAAGCGAGAAGAAGUACUCACACCGGAGGAAACAAAGGAGCUGGACCGAAUCGAGUACAAACUCAGCUACGAGGAUAUUCGUUUCUGGCGAUCCCUCGCGCGCAAUCAGCUACGCAAGGAAAAUGUUGGUGUCAAGAAACCUGCCCAACAACAAUCAUGGUCAGAGUGGAUUUGGGGUAGCAAGCCCGCUGAGCACGAGGAGACCGCAAUGACCGACGAGCAGCGCCAGGAACUUUACAAUGCGAUCGACUGGGACGAGAAGAAGGCCCUAGCCGAAAGUGUUGACGUUCCUCGAGAAUGGGUCAAGCUUGAAGUCAACUGGAGUCUGCGGGCUGGUAGCUUUACACUGAAGCAAGACCCCCACGGCGCCGCAAAUGAGGUUAUGAAAGUCGUGUUCGAUAACUUCCGCGCUAAGGCUUUGCAACGUUCUGAUUCAUAUCUGCUGGACCUUGAUCUGGGUGGAUUGAAGAUGUAUGACGGCACUACACCCGGUACUCUCUAUCCCAAGAUUGUGAAGGUUAAGGACUCCCUCCCUGAGCCUCCCAAGGGUGAAACGACCAGUUCGGACGAUGUCGAACUUGCUUCAGAAGCCAGUGCAGUUGAUCUUGUGGACGAGGAUAGUCUGUUCCAUUUGCAGCUGGAGAAGAACCCGUUGGAUAGCGAUGCGGACACAGCUGUCAAGGUCAAGCUUAAGAGUAUCGAGGUCAUUUAUAACCCCCGAUUUAUCGUGGGAAUCGUCAAAUUCUUCGAACCCCCCGAAAGACACAUGGAGUCGAUUGGCGCGCUUUUGGACACUGCAGGAGCCACCGUGGAAGGUCUGCGGCAGCAAACCCGAGCAGGCUUGGAGUUUGCCCUGCAGGAGCACAAGAAGGUUGAUGCGCAAUUUGACGUGCAUGCUCCUUUGAUUAUCGUCCCCGAGAGCAUCACACAGGAAAGCUCCCUCUGUCUGAUUAUCGAUGCUGGUCAUGCUAGCGUCAACAGUGAACUGGUCGAUCGACAGGCUAUGAAGGAUCUGCAAACCAAGCAGAAGAGACAGUACGAGGAAGAGGAUUACAAGCAGCUUGAACAUCUGCUGUACGAUCGUUUCCUCAUCAAACUGGACUCUACUCAAGUUCUGAUUGGACCUGGAGUGGAUGCGACAAAGGCCCAACUCAUAUCUGGCGUGGAGUCGAAGAACUUCCAUAUCAUCGACCGCAUCAAUGUGGACUUUGUGCUAGAGAUGUGCAUCGUUCCCAAGGUGACACAGCUCACUCGGACGCGCAUUUCCGGAAACCUGCCAGAACUGCAUGCAUCCAUGUCUGACACAAAGUACAAGGGUCUCAUGAAACUGAUAGACAUUGCCAUCCCGCACUUUGACGAAGGGAAGGAAGUGUCUAAAGAGGCAGCAAAGGCAUCGGCUGCAGCUGAGAAGGCCGCGAUUGCUACAAGAGCUAGAUCAGCGUCCUUCCUACCCCCUGCUCUACUACGGGACCUUCCUGUUGUCGACGACGAUGACGACGCAGAUGCGGAAUCUGGUAGCGAUCACACCAAGAAAAGUGUGGAGUCGGCUAUUGAUAUUCACCGUCGAGACUUUGAAUUCAAGUUUCAGGUUGGCCGCCUUCGUGGUUCACUCUUCCGAGCUGACUCCCAAGAUCCGCAAAAAGACAAAUUGCUGGUGGAACUGGUGGCUGAUGGCUUCGGGCUCGACUUCUAUAUGCGACCUUAUGACAUGGUGGCAGAGGUCAUCUUGAAGUCCUUGAGUGUGGAUGACUACAUUGAGGAAAACCCUGUACCGGAAUUCAAGCGGAUCAUCUCGUCUACGGGGUUCAAUGCAGACGAAAAUAACGAUCUUUUCCACCUGAAGAUGGUUCGGGUCAAGCCCGAGUCUCCUGAACUCGAGUCGACCUAUGAGGGUAUUGCGAUGAAUCUCGACAUAUCUGUAUCUACGAUUAACCUUGUCGUGACCAGAAAGACACUGCUUACCCUUCUUGAUUUCGUUCUCCUCACAUUCACGAACCCACAGCAGCCGGACGACCAGAGUCAGCACUUGGAUAAGUCCUUGCCAGAGGCGGCUGAUGUGGAGCAGCAACCUCAACAAGUCGGCAAGCUUCGUAUCAAGUCCAACCUGAAAAGUAUCGCUUUGAUUCUUAACAACGAUGGUGUCAGGUUGGCGACCCUUAGUCUCAACACCGCCGAUGUUGGUAUUUUCCUUGUGGGCCGCGCCAUGACCAUUCAAUCCCGAAUCGGUAGCUUGACAUUAGUCGACGAUGUCAACUUGGGUGCAUCGGAAGAAUCAGAUGUCCGGCGUCUCUUGACGAUUGAGGGUGACAAUUUUGCGGACUUCAAAUACGAGACCUUCGAUCCCGACAGCAACACACACCCUGGCUAUGACUCGGAGGUCUACCUGCGAUCGGGCUCCAUCAAGAUCAACUUCAUCGAGGAGCCUUACCGGAAGAUCAUCAACUUCCUGGUCAAGUUUGGCAAGAUGCAAGCAAUUUUCAACGCGGCUCGCCAGGCAGCCGCAAAUCAGGCCAACCAGCUCCAGGAGAGCCAGUCUCGUAUGCGCCUCGAUAUCGUGGUCAAGACUCCUAUUGUGGUGUUCCCACGAGUGAUGGCAGAUGAUAGAUCCAGGGACAACAUCACUGCUUACCUUGGAGAGAUCUAUAUGAAGAAUGAGUUUGUUCCUAUGGAUGACUCUAAGGAUAGCCCUGCUGUCAAUGUGAUCUCCACUGGCGUACGCAACAUUCGUCUCACGUCCAAAUUCCACUUCGACGACGGUGUUGUGGAAGAGCUGGAAAUGAUCCAGAAAGUCAAUCUUGACUUUAGCAUUUGCCAUCUGGAGCAUCAAGCCAAUAACCCCCGCCCGGAUAUGGAGAUUGAGGGCUCUUUGUCUCCUAUCAACCUUCGCAUAUCGCAAAGCCAGCUGAAGUUUUUGCUGGCCCUGUCCAAGUCUAUCCCCGGAGCGUUUGCAACCGAUGCCGAGCAGCAAGAGCUCGAAGCCAUGGAGGCUUUACCAUCUUCAGUUACUGAGCCUACUAGAGAGGCAUCUUCGUUGACUGCGCAAUCGCAAACGGAUCAGGAAGGAUCAGCUGCUGAUGGCAACGCAGGCAAGGAAACAUGGGUGCGACUUGACAUGAUUUUCAAGGUGGAUAGUGUUGGUUUGGAGCUCAUCCUCGCCAACGAUAACCAGCCUGUUGGCAGUCUGGAGGAGUCCAGCCUCUCAAAGUUCUCGCUCAAUGACACCAGAGUCAAGCUUCGCAUGUUGACUGAUGGCUCGCUGGAGUCGGAGCUUCUGAUCCACUCGUUUUCGAUCCGUGAUAGCCGGCAGCAAGACAAGAACAAGUUCCGUAACAUCAUGUCCUUGAUCAACAACGACGUCCAGCAGCAGUUCAUGGCUAGCCUCUCUAUGUCACCUGGACCUGACAAGCAUCUCAUUGCAAUGUUGACGAUCGAUAGCCCACGUAUCAUGUUUGCUCUCGACUAUUUGUCCGCUUUGCAGUCUUUCAGUAAUUCCGCAUUCGCCUCGGAAGCGCCUGUCGAAGUCGUGGAAGAGGAGACCGAAUCUCCCGAGGGAUCAGAAUUGGACUCUGAUGCUACAUCCACGGACAAAGCCAUUACCGAAGCCUCCGCGGGAGAUGGACAAUCUGGAACAACCACUGUUUCCUUCCGGGUCAACUUGGUGGAUGCCCAGGUGAUCAUGGUUGCAAACCCUGCCAUUCCUCAUUCUGAAGCUAUUGUCCUCGGCACGAAGGAGAUCCUCAUCUCCCACCAGAAUGUCUCCACUUUGCAAAUCCAGAAAGUAGGCAUGUUCCUGUGCCGCAUGGACAAGUUCGAGACUAGUCGUCUCCGCAUUCUGGAUGACUUCACAGUUGAAAUGUCGGUUGACAGCCGAGUUCAAGACAAGGGCUCUGCUUUGACCUCCAUUGAGGUCCAUGUUGAGCCUUUGGUCCUUCGCUUGUCUCUGCGUGAUAUUUUGAUGGCCAUUCAGAUUGUCAACAAGGCUUCUGAAAUGAGAGCUCAAAAUGCCCAACAGCUUGAAGGCGGAGAGGUAAAGAAAAUUACCUAUGGAAAGACAAGGGGUCGAUCUGCAAGCAAGGCAUCCUCAACAAUUGCCAACCGAACCCGUCGCCGCAUGAGCCAGACUAUGAAUGCGCUCGACAGGAACGUUGCCCCUCAGAGCUCGGCCGUUCUUAAGCGUGAGGAGUUGUCAGCGAAGAUUGAUGGCGUUCGAGUCAUUCUCAUUGGUGACCUGCAUGACCUGCCAUUGCUCGACUGGAGCGUCAAGAAAUUCAACGUCGAUGUGCGCGAUUGGUCAUCCACGCUGAACGUUGAUACCAGCUUCGAUACUUUCCUCAACGUCUACAACUUCUCCAAGUCAGCAUGGGAGCCUUUGAUCGAGCCCUGGCAGCUAGGAUUCCACAUGGCCAAGGAAGCGAACCCUGAUGUCUUCUCGAUUGAUGCUUAUUCCCACAAGACAAUGGAGCUCACUCUGACGUCAGCUACGAUCGCACUUGCGUCGAAAUCAUUCCAAUUCCUCAAUACCGACGAGGAUGUCCUUUCCAAACCAAGAGGCGCUGAUGCCCCAUACAGAAUUCGAAACUAUACUGGUUUCGAUCUGAGAGUGUGGGCUGAUGUCAGUGCGGGAGAGGAGGGUCCUGCGGCUAAGCUCAGCGACGGAGAGGAGUACCCAUGGCGCUUCGAGGACUCUACGGCAGUCCGUGAGACCCUGACCCCCGAGGGUCACGGCGGUAUCGUGGGUGUCAAGUUGGAGGGAAGCGGGUUCGAUAGUAUCAACCGUAUUCCUGUCGUGCGAGAGGGUGAGAUUAUUUACAGUCUCAAGCCGAAGCGCGAUAAUGUGCUUCAUCGACUCCUCGUGGAGGUCAAGCUUGGCGAGGACAACGUCAAGUACAUCACCUUCCGCUCGCCUAUGCUCAUCGAGAACAACACUCAGAUUCCAGUCGAACUCGGCGUGUUCAGCCCGAACGAUGGCCAUCUCUUGAAAAUCGAGAAGAUCCUGCCUGGUGAUGCUCGGCCUGCGCCUGUUGGUUCGGCGUACCUGCACUCGGUUGUCAUCCGACCUGACCAAGGAUUUGGCUACGACUGGUCGAACGAGCAGCUCUUCUGGAAAGAUCUGAUGAAGAGGCCCACACGAACAAUCAAGUGUGUCAGUGAAGGUGGCCAACAAUCUCCUCCGUUCUAUUUCCAGGUCAAUUCCACCUUUGACCGCAAGGACUCGCUGACCAACACGUACCCAUAUAUGAGAGUCCGGAUCUUUGCUCCAGUGGAGAUCCAGAACCUCCUGCCUUUCGACUUCAAGUACCGCAUUUACGACAAGAACACAAAGAAGGACUGGACGAACUUCCUGAGAAAGGGAGGCGUGAGCCCGGUCCAUGUCGUGGAGCUUUCUCAUCUACUCCUGCUCAGCAUCGAUCUGGAGGAUACCGUUUUCCGCCAGAGUGAGUUUGCCAUCAUCAAUGGCAACGCCCAGGAUUAUCGAAGAGAGCACACCCUGUCCCUCAAGGAUGAUCGAGGCCUUCAGUUGAAGCUGAAGCUUCAUUACUUCAAUAUACCCGACAGUGGUGGUGCUUUCAAGGUCUCCGUGUACAGUCCAUACCUCAUUCUGAACAAGACUGGACUGCCCAUGGAUAUCCAGAGCAAAGCCUUCCUCCAAUCUGCCCGCACUGCCGCUGGUCAAGGACUUCGAGUUGAUCCGAGAGACGCUGGCCGCGCUCUACCCUACAUGUACUCCUACAACAACGAAGACACGAAGAAUCGCUCGAUUCUGAAGGUAGGAGACUCCGCGUGGAGCAAGCCGGAGAGUUUCGAGGCCAUUGGUAGUACCUUUGAGGUCGUUUUCCCUGACAGACAGGGGCGAUCUGAGUUCCACUCUGGCGUCUCUGUUGCCGAAGGCGAGGGCAAAUACAAGAUGACUAAGGUGGUCACGAUUGCUCCAAGAUUCAUCUUGAAGAGCAAGCUCAACGAGGAUUUGUUGGUCCGCGAGCCAGGCUCAUCCAAUGUCCUCCAGAUCAGCAGUGGAGAACUAGUGCCACUACAGUUCCUUCGCCAAGUGGCAGAUAAGCAGUUGUGUCUCUGCUUCCCUGGUGUGAACAAUCAAUGGUCUUCUCCGUUCAACAUUGCAGAUGUUGGCACUGUCCAUGUCAAGCUGGCCAAGGCGAACCAGCGCCAGAAGCUGAUCAAGAUUGACAUUAUCCUUGAGAACGCUACCAUCUUCCUGCACUUUAGCUUCGAAAGCCGCAAUUGGCCAUACUCGAUGCGCAACGAGAGUGACAUGGAGUUUAUCUUCUACCAAGCCAAUCCUAAUGUGGAUGACGAUGAAGAUGAUCGCUCAAGUACUUGGCGACCCAUUCGCUAUCGUCUACCACCGCGGAGUAUCAUGCCUUAUGCAUGGGAUCAUCCAGCGACCAGGAACAAGUCACUCGUUCUGAUUUGUCAAGGGAAAACGAGACAUAUCAAGAUCGCCGAAAUUGGCAACUUGAUACCCAUGCGCAUUCCUGCUACGAGGCCUGGCGAGUACCAGAAAAUCAUCGACAUCAACAUUGUUGCCGAUGGCCCUACUCAAACACUGGUCUUGUCGAACUUCAAGGCCUCGAAGAGUAUGUACAAGCAGCAGAAGGGUCAAUCCUCCCAGAGCAGCAUGACUGCUGGCUUCGAAGUCAAGGAAAUGAACUCGGACGUGAACUUCAAGGCCCAGCUUCGCCUUGGUGGUAUUGGUAUAUCUCUGAUCAACCAGAACUUCAAGGAGCUACUCUACAUGACGUUCCGUGAAAUUGAGAUCAAAUUCCGGGAAUCGAGGAUCUAUCAGACCCUCAACACCUCUAUCAAGUGGAUCCAGAUCGACAAUCAGUUGUAUGGUGGCAUUUUCCCAAUGCUGCUGUAUCCCAGUGUCGUUCCCAAGACUGGAAAGGAGAUGGAGGCGCAUCCAAUUUUCCAUGCAAUGGUUACCCGUGUCAAGGAUGACUCCUACGGUGUCCUCUACAUUAAAUAUGCAACCUUGCUCUUGCAGCAGAUGACACUGGAACUGGAUGAAGACUUUAUCUUUGCUCUGCUGGAUUUCGCCAAGGUGCCUGGUGCAUCUUGGUCAGAACCCCAAGAGGGUCAAUUGUGCGACGAGGACUUUAAUAUCCCGGAGCCUCAGCAGGGCGAAGCCGGCCAGGAUGUCUACUUUGAGCUUCUUCAUUUACAACCCAUGCAGCUGGAUAUCUCCUUCAUGCGCACUGAACGAAUCAACGUGGAGGACACGAUGCAAUCGUCCAAUCCUCUGAUGUUCGUUGUCAACGUCAUGACUAUGUCAAUGGGCAAUGUCAAUGAUGCACCUAUCCGGUUGAACGCCCUGAUGCUAGAGAAUGCUCGUGUCUCUUUCGGAAGACUCGUUAACAAUGUCCGAGCCCACUACACCCAAGAGUUCCUUCGACAAGUUCAUAUCAUUCUUGGCUCCGCUGACAUCAUUGGUAACCCUGUCGGUUUGUUCAACAAUAUCAGCUCUGGCGUUGCGGAUAUCUUUUACGAGCCGUACCAGGGUCUGGUCAUGACCGACCGUCCUCAAGAAUUGGGCUAUGGCAUUGCCAAGGGAGCUACGAGCUUCGUCAAGAAAUCCGUGUUUGGUUUCUCAGACAGCAUGGCAAAGUUUACCGGAAGUAUGUCCAAGGGACUUGCUGCCGCCACUUUGGACAAAGAAUUCCAGGACCAGCGCCGGAUGUCGAAGUCGCGUAACCGCCCAAAGCAUGCUCUAUAUGGUAUCACAGCCGGUGGUAAUGCAUUUGCGACGAGUUUGGCUAGCGGAAUCGGUGGCUUAGCUCGUCACCCCUUGCAAGGUGCGGAGAAGGACGGCGUGGCAGGGUUCUUCAAGGGCGUUGGAAAGGGUGUGCUGGGAUUGGCAACCAAGCCCGCAAUUGGCGCCUUUGAUCUUGCCUCCAAUCUUGCAGAAGGUGUGCGUAAUACAACCACCGUCUUUGACGCAGAUGGUCUGGAACGCGUCCGAUUGACCCGUUUCAUCGGCACUGACGGAAUUGUCCGCCCAUACUCCCAGCGUGAAGCGCUCGGUCAAUUCUGGCUGAAGACUACCGACGACGGCAAGUACUUCAACGAAGACUACAUUGCGCACCUGGAGCUGCCGGGUAGAGACAUGCUUGUCUUGUUGACAUAUGCGCGAAUCAUGCUUGUGCGCACCAAGAAGCUUUACACUGAGUGGGAUAUCCGUCUCACGGACAUCCAAACUAUCUCCAAAGAACGCACUGGCAUGAGCAUCACACUCAAGGGCGGUGCAAACGGACCUUUCAUCCCUGUUCAGGACGAGAGCUCCAGGAACUGGCUGUAUAGACAGAUCGCUGUUGCGGUCAAUGCCUUCAACGAGAAGUAUAAUCGAGGAUAG